AUGAUGACAAGAUCAGCUAGUGCAGCAAACUCCAGUGCCAGCUCCAAACCGUACGCGUACAUCGUCGAACAGCCUGCCAAGUGCGGCGUUCGAUUUCGCUACGAGUGCGAGGGCCGCAUUAGCAGCGCCAUUCCGGGGGCCUCCAGCACUGCCUCCCGGUUUACCUAUCCGACGGUGGCAGUGGCCAACUACUCCGGCCCCAUCAAGGUCAUUGUUUCGUGUGUGACAAAGAAUCCUCCCUAUCGUCCUCAUCCACACAACCUGGUGGGCAAGCAGUUUUGCAGCCAGGGCGUCUGUGUGGCGCUUUUUGGUGAGCCGUAUGCUGUCUUUAACAAUUUGGGCAUUCUUUGCGCCAAAAGAAAAGAUGUCAAGGAGAGACUUAGAGUUCGGGAGCAGUUGCAGAUUGACCCUUUUGGAACGGGUUUCAGCCACCGCUUGCACACUUUUAAAAAAGAUGUCAAGGAGAGACUUAGAGUUAGGGAGCAGUUGCAGAUUGACCCCUUUGGAACGGGUUUCAGCCACCGCUUGCACACUUUUAAGUUGAUUGAUCUGAAUGUAGUUCGCCUGUGUUUUCAAGUUUUUCUGAUGGACAACCUCACGGGAAAGUACAACAUUGCUCUGGAUCCGGUGGUUUCCACUGAAAUUUUCGACAAGAAGGCAAUGUCUGAGCUGUCGAUUGCCAAGCUGUCUCACUACAGUGCCCACAUCGGCGGUGGUCAGUNUUCCACUGAAAUUUUCGACAAGAAGGCAAUGUCUGAGCUGUCGAUUGCCAAGCUGUCCCACUACAGUGCCCACAUCAGCGGUGGUCAGGCAGUGGUGAUGCUCUGCGAUCGAGUACUCAAAGAAGACAUUCAGAUACGAUUCUACCAGACUGACUGCGCCACUGGACAGACCGUUUGGGAGAGGAUGGCCCAUUUUAAUGCCAG